AUGAACGCUUCGAUGACGACUACCGUUUUGAUCUCGACAAUCGUUCUGAUUUUGUACGCGAAGACCGCUAGUUGUUGUGGUGGUUACGAGUUAGAAGUCGAUUACAUUAGAAACUGCGGCUCGGAAAACAUUGUCGAACUGUCCGAUAAAUUUUCCGUCGACAUGAAACCUAAUUGCGAAAUAUAUGUCAACGGAUGCUACACCGCUCACGCCAACAUCACCAGCGUCAUGGUCGAAUUCAAUGGCCAAAAGGACUUGAUAAAGCUGUCGGGCAAAAGGGACGGUUGCAAACAGCUCGACGACGUGAAAUCGUCGAGUGAAAUUCAAAUGGCUUUGGAAAAGAUCGGAUUGCCGAAGAGCUGUCCCAUUAACAAGGGGAAGGCGUGCUUGGGAAUUCAACCGAUUAACGUGAGCAAGUAUAAAUCACUAAUGAACGUACUUGCCGGCCAUCUCAAGGGGAAAUCGGUAACGACCACUAACGCGGGCAAGUUCUGUAUAGAGUUUUCGGUAAAAUUGGUCAACGCGCUCAUAAAAGCCAUCGGUCGCGGUGUAAUUGGUUGA